AUGACACCCGCUGAUACAGCUAAUGAAGCGCUGGAUACUACGCUGGCGGCCAUGCAAUUGCUGAUCAAGCGGUGCACGUUGUUGGAGUCUGGCUAUCCAGAGGCCCUCAGAAUCUCGGAUGAGAUUGCCAGACACGUGGCGAAAGACUUAAAACUUCAUGGAGGGAAUGCGACAUCCUGUUCCCCGCAGCUACUGUCAUGCGCUGCUGUUGUGCGAGAGUGCUCAAAGGCUGGCACUUUUCAGACAAUGCCGGAUUGGACAUCCGUGAUAGACAAUGAUCUGAGAAUCAAGGGUCACCCGCGGUUCAACAAGACGCUAAACUACCGCUCUCGCGCAGCAGAUGAGAUUCCCAUUCUUUUGGAUUCUGAACCGGUGACAUCGUCCGGAACUCAUGCGGCCGUCCAUUUUGCACCGUUGGCCAUAGCGCCUCCACCCACCUUGUCUCCUCUUCCCAUAGAUAGGGCCUUUGUCAAUAGUCCUUCACAGGCAAUUGCACCGCCAUCGCCUUCUCCCACCUCAAUGGCGCUGGAACCUCUGACCCCGCUUCCCGUGUCCGCAGUUUCUAUCCCCUCCAAAUAUAACCUAUUUGUGCCAGGGACAAAGAACGCUAAGACAGCACCAAAGGCCGGAAACAGGAAGAAGAGGAAGGCAGAAGAUAACAGCGCGGAAGAGGUGAAAUUGGGGAACAUACCGAAUGCUCCAUCUCGGUUGGGCAAGUCGAGUCAGAAGAGAAGCAAGCAUGUAUCGGGUGACGACCGGAAUGAGCAUACUGACAUCACCUCUGUCAUAGAGAAUGUGGCACUGGAACGUUCAGAUUCGACCGAGAUGGCCGAUGAGAGAGGUUUCUGGGAUGCAGAGACCAGGCCCGUUGAAUGGGGUAGGGAUUCUGCUAUCGCCACGGCAGCAGAGUUUUCCGUUCAUCACCACCCGCAGAAGUGUGAUAAGUGUAGCAAAUCGGGGGUGCCCUGUCUUGUCCUUCCGGACAAGAAAUUUGGAUGCAUUCGACUUGCCUGCGCUAAUUGUGAUGAAAUGAAGGUCACAUGUGCAAUCAACGGAGUUGGUGUCCGGGAGAGAAUGCAAGCGAAAGCCAAGGCCAUGGCAGCCGAGGCAGUUGCCAAUCCUACCAGAUGCUCCAAGUCGCGUGCUCCGAAGUCCCGAGUUAUUAACAAGACGGUGGUUAAUACUAGGUCCCAGAAGACGCCCAUGCCGCCCAAUCGGUCAUUGUCUGUAGUUGAGGACGAUAUAGUAGAACAUGAAGAUUUGGCCUUGGCGGGUGAGCCGAAGUACAUGGAUGUCACGCCGGCUCAAGCAGAGGUUCUGCCAAUCCCAACAAUGGGCUCAUCCGUGUCCGUCGAGCCCCAAGGACAAUCAGUAGCACUCGUGAAUCCUGCGGAAUGUGAGCCGACUGCAAGGGACAUCCUGCAGAGCAUUCAAGACCUGGGCAGGCGACUUGAUGGUCUCGCUACUAAUGACAGGGUUAAUAAUUUGGAAGAACGACUCGAUUCGAUGGAAGAGGUGGUUGGGCGGCGGUUGGACGUACUGGAGCGAAAACUCAGAUACUCGGAUUCGGAAUGGAAAGCAACAUCGUCAUCGCUCGGACAUUUAACCAUGUCCCUUCGGGAUCAUAUGGAUGAUCUGACCGCACACCGUCCUCGGAUCGACACCACUGCGUAUGCUCCCCCUCACCAUGGGAAUGUGCACCUUCCGGCUUGGCUAGCUAAUCACGAUGACGAUCCUAACAUCUCUGCUAUCGGUAGACAGUGGACUCACACGUGGGAUGCGUCCAUUUUGACUGGUGUCCACGGCCAUGUCGGGACUUCUGCAUCUGCUGCACACAUCGCCGAAACUCCGGAUCCUGCAGUUUUGCCGGUUGAUGCGGAUGCAUGCGUUGAGCUCUGCAGUGAACUUUCAACUAUAUCCAAUUGA